AUGAAGAAAGAAUUCGUUUUCUUGCUUGUGGCUUCACUGGCACAAAUUGGGACAGCAAAUGAUAAAUGGAUUGAAGAGUGCAAGAACCAGAGUGCAAACAUUCAAAUUCAUUCGGCUGGUGGCAACUGGAGAAACCUUACGAGCGAUGAGACGUCUAAUCAAUAUUUUUGGAUCCAACGAACGUUCACGUGCACUGCUGAUCCAGACCAUUUCGCUCUUGUUCUAAUCAACCACAAGAUAGAUUCAUCGGCAGACACAAAAACUAUCACUUGUGGAUCGCGGCGUAAAUGGAUGUACAAAGGUGAAGUCGUUCUCAAUGUUGGAUGCUAUACAGGCAUAGGGGCAAAUCGGACCCAAAAGUCCGAAGAAGAGGAAAGAAUUCGAAAUUGGAUGGGCGAGCAUCACGGAGCUAAAGAGGAUCAAGAGGAUUGGACAUGGAGCAGCAUCCAGUAUGAACAACAAAAGAAAAUGCAGCGAAUGGCUUCGGAAAUCCAAAAUCUUUUGGUUAACACCGAUAAUAUAAUCAGGAAGCAAGUCGCCGUUGUACCGGCGGACUAUGUGGAAGCUUGGCCGGAAUCACAGGCCCGGUCAGAGGACAACUACUACAUGAGAACGGCUUUCGUUGGCUUUGGAGACGAUAACUCCGUGCUGGAAUUUGCGAACUAUGUGAUAUCAGUCGCUACUUUCAAGCCCCUUCUCAACGGCAAGACCGACACGACGGGAUCCAUUCGC